AUGGCGCAUCCUUAUUCAGACGAUAGCAGAGGCUAUAACGGUCCUCCAAACCGUUCCUAUGCAGCUCACGAUGACCGCGAUGAACGAGACGGUCGCAUGUAUGACGACUACUCGCGCUCACGAUCGCCUGGCGAAGAUCACUCUCGCAACCGUCGAUCCGAAUACUCCAAUGACCAAAGAAACCGAGAGAAAGACUGGCGCCGAUCUUCACGGUCACCUCCUCCUCGACGAGGGAGACAAUCGUAUCGAGAUCGAGACCGAGAAGGUUACCAGUCGCCCGAGUACCGUAGUGGCAGCCGACAUGGCCAGUCCAACUUUGGCCAGGAGAGCCGUGAGAUUAUGCUGGAGGGCUUCCCUGUCGACAUGACAGAAGAUGACAUUGAGAAUGAGCUUCGCGAUGCAUACCAUAUCCCUCAACUUGACGAUAUUCGAGUCAUUCGUGACCGACAAACAAAGGCGUCCAGGCAGCUCGGCUUUCUUCGAUUCCACAGCCUCGACGACUCCAGGGAUUUCUUAAAGCGAAACCACCCAUUUAUUUACCUUUACGGUCCCACUGCUGAAAAGAGCACCAAAGUUCGCAUUGCAUACAGUCGUGAGAGAGAAGAUCGAGCUCGGGCAAAAGCUGAAGGUGACUGGACAUGUAGAAUGUGUGCUGUUGUGAAUUUUUCCACACGCGCGAAAUGUUUCCGGUGUAACGCGCCUCGACCAGAAUUACCACCUGCUGGUGCCCCUGGGGUCCCCGCAGCAAGACCUGUCAAUAAUGGCGAUAAUGACGCAGCACCUGAAAAUCAGCCGUCGCAAUUUUUGCUGUUUCGGGGACUGGAGCCAUCAGUCACUGAGGAGAUCCUUGCUAAAGGUGUUGCGAAAUUGUACCGACCAGCUUCUGGAAAUGACGGUGGUUCAGGGAAUCAAAAGAAAGGAGCCAAGGUGGCAUCAACAACGGGUGACGCUAAUUUAGGUGCUCGUGAGGGCUCUAUCCGACGUGUCUUGCUUGUUCGUGACCGUAAAACAAAUGACAGUUGGCGAUAUGGAUUCGCCGAAUUCGCCAAUGUGAUGGACGCACAAGCUGCCAUCACUCGGUUGCAUUCUUUCAACAAAUUCACUAUCUCCUCUCGACCCGUAAUGGUCACCUAUAUUCACGCAGGUGUCUUUGUACCGGUUCUGGCCCCAUCAGCCGCCACAAAAAGCUUCACCUUCAGUCCACUGAAUAAUCCGGCAUUGAAGCUCAUGUACUGGGAUGACAACGCGUACGUGACUGAACUCCAAGUCUCAAGCGAAGAGACGGAGCCGACCCGACCCAAAAGUGAAAAGCCUGCAACAACCACUAAGGAGACCGAAAAAUCCAAGAAGCGGAAGGCCGAAGCUGCGGAUGUUGAAAAAGCGAAGAAGCUCGCAAUGCCCAGUCAACUCCAAUUUUGGAGCAACCGCCAUGCCGAGCUCCAUGGCAUUGCCAAGGACGACGGGGCCCUUCCCGAAAAUAGUCAGGAGCACGGAGGUAUCCCUGACUCCGAAGCUCCGCCUAGUCAAUCAUACGCAGACCUCAACCGAAACUGCUGUUAUCUCUGCAUGACUGAGUUCAAGUCGGCAGCCGACGUCAACCGACACGAACGGCUUAGUCAACUUCACCGGAAAAAUCUCCAGGACGAAGAUCGCAAAACGCGCGCCAUGGCAAAAUUAGUCAAACACGGGAUCCUGCAGCAAGCCUCUGCAGAGUAUCGAGAUCGUGCAAGGGAGCGUCGCAAGACUUAUGGUCCAGGCAAGGCUGGCGCUCAACCGAAACCAGCUGCUCCAAAGGUAGAAGAAGAACCUCCGGUGCAAUCCACUUCAAAAGGUGCCUCUCUUCUCAGCAAAAUGGGUUGGUCGGAAGGCUCUGGUCUGGGUGCUCAAGGAACUGGUGUUACUGCCCCUAUCGCCACCGAGGUCUACGCACAAGGUGUUGGCCUAGGAGCGCAAGGCGGCAAACUAGGUGACGCGACAGAGGAAGCAGGUCGGAAUACUCGAGGUCGUUACGAUGAGUUCCUAGCCAAGACCAAGGAAACUGCUCGUCAACGAUAUGAUCAGAUGAAUAAGUGA